UAAAAACUCUUCAUGAAAGCGUUAUUGGCGGGGAAAGAGUUAAAAUAAUGAACAAUAUUCAUUUUAUAUAUUUUUUAUUUAAAUCACAACUCAUUAGACCAGACAUUAGAAUUGUUCUGUGUAAAAGCCUAAAGCAAAUGGUAAAAACUGAAAGACACAAACAUAUUUGAUGAAAAUGAAAGUAUAAUGAAAGUAUUUUUAUGUAUCGUGCAUCACUUACUUGCUUAGUGGAGAACAAAAAAGAAGAGUCCUCACUGAACAGACCCGGAAUGCAUAGUACUGCUGCUUCCAACUGCAGACCUAUGACGCAAGGAUUAAAAUUGAUAUUAUUAUUACUGAAAAGGGGGUACACAGUUUAUUAGGUAAACACUUCAACACUAAAUACUUUUUUACCUCUUUUCACUGGUCCCAUGACCAUGUUUGAGGUUGUACCAACAGGACAGAUCGAGAAAAACAUUUGGAGUAUUAUCGUAUUUCAAAAGUUAUUAAAACCAGGGAAAGGAAUGCAAGAAAUUAUCAGAGGAGGUUGCUUGUGGUUGGCAAAGCUCAGGAAAAAUAGUAUUGUAUUAGAAAUAUGAUUGAAGGACAAAGUAUAAAACAAGAAUGCGUCUACUUGUCUACUUGUUGUGCUUUAUUUAAAGAGUAUUUAAUAUGUACUUUUAGUGUUUGCACAAAAUGUACUUAAACACAACUAAAAUUUGCGCUGCAAUGCCUUAAUGCCAGUGUGUUUAAUUGCUCAUAACAAAUUUUCUAUUAUAAUGAUAAUAUUUUUAAUAGUAAAUGGUGAAAACAAUUAUUGCUUUUAUUGUUUUACUGUAUGCUUAUUUUACUGUAAAGCACUUUGGUAGGACACUGACUAUUUUAAAUUUGCUAUAUAAAUAAAGCUGACAUUGACAUAUGGGCUCGGCAUGAAAACCAGGUAGUUUACUAUAUCGGGAUAUGCAACUGAAGGAAGAAUCGCCGGGUCGUCACGGAUCCUAGAAGAGGGAGCUAACUCGUAAGGAUCUGCACCGCCUAGAAAUUGUAAUUUCUUGAAAUAUCGUGCCUUUUCUUGUGGUCCAAGUCCUUCCCUAUAUGCCUUUGCAUCUUGGACGCGUUUUCUGUUGUUUAGACAUGUCUACAUUCACUAAAAGUAUCCAAAGUGCACAAUACUCCAUUGUACUCCGUUCAGCUCUUUACACCGAGUGCCUCCACAAUGGCCGCACAUCCGGGUUACCGCCUAGAACGUGAUGUCAGUGAAAACCCUCUACAGGGGGUGAGUCGUCUUCCUGAUGUUUGCCACGUCACACGAAGACAUCCAAGUCACAUGAGAUACUAAUCUCGGCCUACAGCCUUGCCCGCGGGAGAAAUGAAAACUAUGACCCGCCCACAGCUAGUUAGUGUGUGUAAACAUCAGCACACGUUGUGUUUUCAGUUUGUGUUGUUUUCACUACCAAAGGAGACUUUUUCAAGGAGGGAUAUACUAAACGUGUCUGGCUGUGAAGAAUCAGUGGUUAAAAUUAAUUUAUAAAGGAGGGAUUUAGACGUUUGCAAAUGAAAGAUGGUUCAGUACCCACUUUAUUUGGAACAACAUGCGUCUCCUAACCACAACCUCUUUGCGGUAUGAACAAGACCAAGAAUUUGAACAAUCUUUAAUGGCAGACAGAGAAAAAGAGAUGAGACGCCAAAUUGUAGAGACACAGGAAAAGAGUCGACUUCAGGCAAUUGAAGACAGAAGAAAGAGAAUUUUUAAUCAAGAGGAACCCAUUGAUGGUGUGCCCAUUAAAUUCAAGUUUCCAAAUGGAAAGGAAAAAAUUCGAAAAUUCAUCCUGUCAGAGACAAUUCAAAUCUUAUUUGACUUUGUUGGUCAGGAUGACCUGUCCAGUGAAGUUUUCUACGUUCAAGAUGUGACUUCUUCCACACCUCUUGAAAACAGCCUCCAAGGAACCCUUUAUGAUCACAAACUUCAAGGUCAUUCAACUCUCUAUGUUCUUUGGACCAGUGGAUGCACAUUCACCUGCAUCUCCACAUGA